AUGGCGGACCGGGAGCUCAAGGUGCCGAGGCGCAGGCGCGAGCUCGGUCGACAAGUGCGCAGGCGCCAAUACCCCGAGAGAGGGCCUGCCAACAUCCAAGAUGACCUGAAGUCUCCAGCCGGAACACCACGCAUGUGUAAAUUGGAAUACCACAGGCCUGCGAACCGGAAGCUUGGAUCCGGUCACCGGAAACCACUACAGUCGGCAAGAACGCCGAUCACCUAUGAUAUUGCUUUUUUUCGUUCCUAUGGAGGAGUCAGGGACAAAAGGGUAAAAGAAGAAGAGACAGAUGUGAGGGGCAAUCAGCAGUAUAAAGAGGACAUUCCUACAAGGAACGAUCUGAUCUAUAUUAAUGCUACAAACAUAAAGGUAAAAGAAGAAGAAGAGACAGAUGUGCGCGGUCAUGAGCAGUAUAUGAAGGUCAUUCCUACAGGGAAAGAUCUGAACUAUAUUAAUACUACAGACAUAAAGGAAGAAGAGGAGACAGAUGUGAGCAGUGAUGAACAGUAUAAAGAGGACAUUCCUACAGGUUAUUGUCCAGAUGACAGUACCAGGAGAUCAGAGGAGAAUCUUAUAUCUUCAUAUUAUAAAGCAGAUGAUCAUACCACACAAGAUACACAGAGAAUUCACACAGAGGAGAAGCAAUUUUCAUGCCAAGAAUGUGGGAAAUGUUUUAUUUUCAAAUCACAGCUUGAUAGACAUGUGAGAACUCACACAGGGGGGAAGCCAUUUUCAUGUCAAGAAUGUGGGAAACGUUUUACUAUGAAAUCACAUCUUGUUCAACAUCAGAGAAUUCACACUGGGGAGAAGGCAUUUCCAUGUCAAGAAUGUGGAAAAUGUUUUACUAUGAAAUCAUAUCUUGUUGACCAUCAGAGGAUUCACACAGGGGAGAAACCAUUUUCAUGCCAAGAAUGUGGGAAGUGUUAUAGGCAGAAAGUAAAUCUUAUUCGCCAUCAAGAAAUUCACACUGGGGAGAAGCCAUUUUCAUGUUCUCAAUGUGGGAAAUGUUUUACUUUGAAAUUAAGGCUUGUUGCACAUCUGAGAGUUCACACAGGAGAGAAGCCUUUUUCAUGCCAAGAAUGUGGGAAAUGUUUUACAGUUGAAUCAAACCUCGUUGAACAUCAGAGAGCUCACACAGGAGAAAAGCCAUUUUCAUGUCUAGAAUGUGGGAAAUGUUUUUCUAUAAGAAAAAAUCUUCUUGACCAUGAGAGGAUUCACACAGGAGAAAAGCCAUUUCCAUGCUUAGAAUGUGGCAAAUGUUUGAAUCCAAAAUCAGCUCUUGUUAAACAUCAAAAAACUCACACAGGAGAGAAGCCAUUUUCAUGCUCAGAAUGCGAAAAAUGUUUCAGGGAGAGAACAGAUUUGAUUCGCCAUCAAAGAAUUCACACAGGCGAGAAGCCAUUUUCAUGCUUAGAAUGUGGAAAAUGUUUUUCGGAGAAAGGAAAGCUUGUUGAAUAUCAUAGAACGCACACAGGGGAGAAACCAUUUCCAUGCUCAGAAUGUGGGAAAUGUUUUUAUCUGAAAUCAAAGCUUGUUGAACAUCAAAAAACUCACACAGGCGAGAAGCCAUUUUCAUGCUCAGAAUGUGGAAAAUGUUUUUUGGAGAAAAGAAAGCUUGUUGAACAUCAUAGAAUUCACACAGGAGAGAAGCCAUUUUCAUGCCAAGAAUGUGGGAAAUGUUUUGCUGUGAAAUCACGUCUCGUUCUACAUCAUAGAACUCACACUGGGGAGAAGCCAUAUUCAUGCUCAGAAUGUGGCAAAUGCUUUACUCAGAAAUCACAUCUUGUUGAACAUCAGAGAAUUCACACACGGAAGAAGUCAUAAUAACCAGAAUGUGGGAAACGUUUUUAUCCACAAAUCACAUCUUCAUAAAUACCAAAGAAUUCAGGCAGUGAAGCAGCCUUUUUUAAUUUAACUUUUUUAUUGGCAAAUAAUACAGUAAAAUAAUUAACACAAUUGUUACAGUAAAGCCAUUUAGAGGAAUAAAUUAUGAUUGAAAAUGCCUGUUAUAUAAGAAGCAAAAUGGGGGGAAUUUUAUUAUUUUCUUUACACUUGUUUUUGUGUUUAUAAGUUGCAUUUAUUGCGUAGUGAACAUGGUUGCAGGUUUUUUUUUUGUGACUUUUCAUCUACCACACUUUCUUAGUGUGGGUCUACUUUUCUGGCAGAUGCAGUGGAUAGUAAUUUUUGGG